AUCUUUUGCCUUGAAGAAACAAUGAAUGUCGUAACCUAAGCAAGGUUCAAAGAGUUAGGCAUCAACUUGCACGUCAAUUUCGUAGUUGGAUUCGAAGGCUUCUGACGUGCGCCGGCGCGGUACUGAAGGGUAAUUACGAUUUAAUUGGAUUCUAAGAUCAUCAAAAUGGCGUCAGCUGCCACUCUAGUCCAGCCCACGGGUGAGAUGUGGAAGAAGAUUCGGGUGGAACUUAACGAGGAUGUUAACACCCGGGAUAACGACUUGGCAGCAAUCAAAGAAUGGCUGCGAAAGCAACCGCACCUUCCCGACUCCUGGGAUGAUGGCCGCACAAUGACAUUUCUUAGAGGCUGCAGCUUCUCUUUGGAAAAAUGCAAAAGAAAAUUAGACAUGUACUUUACAAUGAGAGCAGCUUGUCCAGAAUUUUUCCAGGAUAGAGAUGUUAGUAGGCCGGAGCUAGCAAAUUUGGUUACUAAAGUGCAAGGAGCUCCGUUACCAGGUUUAACUCCAAACGGAAGACGAGUAACAGUAUGCCGUGGUCUUGAUAAGAAUAUAGACGCGGAUGAGUUGAACAACGUUUUCAAAGUCGCGCUUAUGAUAGGAGAUGUUCGUCUAAAAGAGGAGUUAGAGGGAGUUGGUGGCGACAUAUACAUCCUAGACGCAUCAGUUGUGUCUCCAAGCCAUUUAGCAAAGUUGUCUCCGUCGGCGAUAAAGAAGUUUUUAAUAUGUGUUCAGGAGGCGUAUCCAGUCAAGUUAAAAGAAGUACAUGUCGUGAAUACGUCACCCAUAAUCGAAACCUUAAUAAACUUUAUUAAGCCAUUCCUUAAGGAUAAAAUUAAAAACAGGAUAUUUAUUCACUCUGACAUAAACACAAUAUACGAUCACGUGCCAAGGGAUAUGCUUCCAGAAGAAUAUGGCGGCAAUGGUGGUUCAUUAGACGAAGUAAAUAGGGAAUGGAUGAAAAAGUUAGCUGAUUACACCCAGUGGUUCAAAGAACAGGAAUCCGUGAAAGCCAACGAAGCGCUAAGACUGGGGAAACCCACCAAUUACGAUGAGCUCUUCGGUAUUGACGGAUCAUUUAGACAAUUGUCUAUCGAUUAAUUUAUAACAUGCAUAAUAAUGUAUCUCACUAUUCACAUUGUGCUUACAUUCAUGAUUGAUAUUAAAGUAUGGGUCAAUACGCAAUUCACGUUAGUAUUGGAUUUUAUCCAUGAAGAUAUAUCUUCUGAUAAUGUCGUUACUGGAUAUAAAUGGUAUGAGCUGUAAAAGAAUCACGUGCUAUAAAUAAAGAGCUUCUAACGAGUUUCUAUAAGGGUAAAUAAUUUUGUAUUUUAUCAUCCCAAAGGUAUUAUAUUGGUUCAUGGAAAUAAAAAAUUAAAAAUAUAAUAAAAUAAUAUAUUUAA